UUUUUUUUUGUCAGCUCUGCAGGAAUGUGUGGAAAUGCUCGUGAUGGGGAAGAGGUAACAGCACACCUUCCUGCUGACUAAUGAACCGACUAACGGAUGUCAAUGCCUUUGGGUUUCGACACUGAGGAUAGCGGAGACAGACUCGGAUCGGCGUGUAGCUGAAUAUCUGUCCUAUUAUCCCACAUUCCUGGAGUCGCAUGAUUGAUUGAAACUGCUCCUCCUCCUCAUGGCGAAAAACACCCUCUCCUCGCGAUUCCGGGGAGUCGACAUCGACGAAUACGACGAGAAUAAAUUCGUGGAUGAUCAGGAUGAGGCUGCCGAACAGCAGGGACCCGACGCGUCAGAGGUGGACGAUCUCAUCAGGCAAGGGGACAUGAUGACGGCAUUUCACAUCGCCUUGAGGAAUCCACCAAUCAACUCCAAGAAUCUGGCAGUGAAAGAGCGGGCCCGGGCGGCGGUGUUACGAGUGUUGACUGCAUUUAAGAGCAGCGAUAUUGAGCCGGCGGUGAAAUCUCUGGACAAGAACGGAGUUGACCUGUUGAUGAAGUACAUCUACAGAGGCUUUGAGAAGCCCUCAGACAACAGCAGUGCCAUCCUUCUGCAAUGGCAUGAAAAGGCUUUUGCCGUAGGGGGUCUGGGAUCCAUCGUACGGGUGCUGACUGCGAGAAAGUCUGUCUGAGAAACAGAAAGUGUAAAGAGAGAUAACCAGCCAUGGGAUCUACUAUAAUUUCUCUGUCUUAAACGUGGACCGCUUCCUCUCUUACGACUCGAAUCAACAUGCAAAAAUGUUAUUCGGGGAACACCACACUACCACAGCCAAUAGAUUAUUUCACUCAAAAGCAAGAGGCCAUACAAGAUAUUGUAUGAUAUUUAAUGUAAAUUAUUGAUUCUUCUAUAUGUUCUUAUGGAAUUCAAACAGCCUGGCACAUUUCUUGACUAAUGAAAUCGAACGGUUAUUGCAACAGUCCAUGAACUGCAGAAGAAGGACAAUGAAUCAAAUGGAGAGACUUUAAUGUAUAAGCCCUGAGCAGAAAUUUCAGGGCAUUAAAUACUGUGAUGAAUAUGAAAGUUGUAUUUGCUUGUUUUACUUAGUUGCCACUAGUUCCAGUUCUCAUUUUUCUUAUUGUACAGAAAGAGGAUGAUGUUUAAUAUAUAGUAUUUAGGUGGUGGAUGUAUGGUUUCAUUCAUAGUGUUUGAUUGAAUUGGGUUGGGAUAGGAGGGUUAUUGUGAAGUGCCUGGUGCAAUAAAGAACAUAAAGGAU